AUGGUCAAACGCCUCCGCCCCGAGGUAGCCACAUUCGUACAAAACGAGGAGAGGGACUUCGCCCUGUUGACCGCGGAACAGAUUGUGGAGGACGAGAACACGAUCCAACUCUACGAGUUGCUGCACGAGUCAUGCCAGGACAUCGUCAACAACCUCCCGUACAUCCGCCGCCGCCACAGGGACUGCCCCAACGAGGUCAGCAGAGCCGUCUCCGCGCUGGCGUUCGCCGCCUCGAGCUGCCCCGAUCUCCCGGAGCUUCAAACCAUUCGACACCUUUUCAUCGAGCGUUACGGCGAAGACUUGUUCGACAAGGCAUCGUCCCUGCGCGAGGGUUCGCAUAACCGUUUCUUUAACUUGGGGGUGGAGGAGAGGCUCGCGUUGAUGAGGCGUGCCGUCUCGGACGAUAUGAAGGUCAGAAAGGUUAGCGAGAUAAUCGGGGUGGAUGUUACCUGCGGGAGAAGUUACCGUCACCAUCAGGACGACGACGAGGAUGGUAGUUGUGGUGGGAGUAGCAUUGAAAAGGUUUGGAAGUCGCUGGAGAGGGUGAACGUGGGAAUGAAGAAGUCGUCGGCGAUUCCGAAAGCGAGCUCGAUGCCGCAGCUAGGGGGUUGGUGCCGGUCGGACAAGGAUCUGGAGACGACGGCGGCGACGUCGAUGAAGCGGAUAGCUUCGCUUCCGAGCAUGUUGCCGAGCCACGUUCAUCCUAAGCUGCCAGAUUGCGAUGAUUUGGAGGAGAAGUUCAGAGCUCUCAAGAUGGAGUAUAUGAAAGUGAAACGCAGCGUUGCGGAGCCAAUAUUGUACAUUGACUAA